GGCGGAGAUCGACGAGAUGCUGAUGCUCGUGAGGCAGAAGUACGGGGCACCCGCCGACGUGCACAUGCUGCCGCUGCUGGAGCACGAGUUCGCACCGAAGCGCUUCAGCAUGGCGAGGGCAAGGAUCCACGCCGCGCGGUGCCUCACGGGCGGCCGCCGUGUGCUCCCGCCCGCGGGCGAGCAGCUCGACCGCGGCCGCCUCGCGGCCGAGCUGCAGCGCGAGCGCGGCCCCAGGGGCAGCUCGCCGGGCGUCUCGGUCGUCACCUUCGUCAGCAGCAGCUGGGUCAUCCAGGAGGCCGACAGGUCCGUGAGGGUGGCGGUGCGCCGCUCGGGGGACUGCGCGCGGGCGCUCCGCGUGCCCUACGAGACGCGCGACGGCACGGCCCGGGGCGGGCAG